UGUUUAAAAGACAAUGGAACGCCACACGUGUGACGUAGAGGUGAGAGGUCGAGGCGCCGUCGUCCUGCACACACGGGAGAAUGACAACAUUACGAGCUUUCACGUGCGAUGAUCUGUUUAAAUUCAACAAUAUUAAUCUGGACCCCUUGACAGAAACUUAUGGAAUUCCCUUCUAUCUUCAAUAUUUGGCUCAUUGGCCGGAGUAUUUCAUAGUAGCAGAAGCUCCAGGAGGUGAACUGAUGGGCUACAUCAUGGGAAAGGCAGAAGGAUCCGUGGCCAGGGAGGAGUGGCACGGGCACGUCACCGCUCUCUCUGUGGCCCCAGAGUUCAGACGACUGGGUCUGGCUGCUAAACUCAUGGAGAUGCUAGAGGAGAUCUCAGAAAGGAAGGGCGGAUUCUUUGUGGAUCUCUUUGUGCGGGUUUCCAACCAAGUCGCUGUGAAUAUGUACAAACAGCUCGGCUAUAGUGUGUACAGAACGGUUAUAGAAUAUUACUCUGCCAGUAACGGUGAACCUGAUGAAGAUGCUUAUGAUAUGAGGAAGGCUUUAUCCAGAGACACAGAGAAGAAAUCCAUAAUUCCACUUCCGCAUCCUGUCCGACCAGAAGAUAUUGAAUAACACUAAUAUGUGGCUCUCUGUAAUGAUCAACAUCCAACUGGGAAAACAGACAUUUGCUUUUUGUGUCACAAUAUUGAUUUGAAAUGUCAGAGAGUCACUGCUUUGAACGGAUUAUUUGAAUUGUUUUCUAUUGGGUUAAUAAAACUGAAACUAAAGGACAUUGGAACUGUAGUUACAUGAAAUAAAAAGGUUAAAGUGAAAACUUGGAUGAUUUGUCUUUUUUAACAAAAUAUAUACUUUUGUUCAGGUUGACACCUUAUUAGCAUAGUGGAAACAGUAAUGGUCAGGGUCAUAUACUAUUUUUCCUCUGAUUUCUUCUAUGAUUGCAUCUGAAAUUUCGCUAAUUUUCCCCGUGACACUUUAAAGGCAGUCAAAAUAAAACAAGGGAGGACUGUACAGGACAUAAAAACUUAUAAUAAACUUUAUCUUGUAAAUGUGUGUCCAUGCACAGUAAAUAAAUUCAAUAAACAGUA